AUGAAUCAUGGAAUGACACCCGCCACUCCAGCUACAGCUACUUCGGGAAUGACCGAACCGUCCUCUCCACCGUUAAUAGCCUCACCACUCGCUCACUCAACGAAAUUACCUUUCAUUCGGAAAGAGAGUACAAGUAAUAUGAUCAUGUCAAGUUCUAGGACAAAUUCCGGGGGAGGAACGCCUCAAGUUCGAAGUCUCUCACGAAUUCGGAGUGGGAUUCUGCUGCUAGGGAGCUCUAUGAAUUUACAUGGAUCGUUAUCUGAUGAUGACGAGGAUGAAAACAAUUCAGAUAGAUCGACUUCAGCUCAUACUUUUCAUUUGACGGAAGUGGCAUCAGCGUUAGUGAUGAAAAAAAAGAUGAGAAAAACUAAAAAGAUAGUGGGAUGGACAGUUAAGGAAGUUGAAAUUGGCAUGGACAGCAAGUUACCGUUUGAGCUUAAAUUCAAUGCUUUGAUCAAUAAUUUAAACAAGAAUAUUCACUUUCCUGAUUCAGAGGCCAAAGCGAUGUUCGAAAAACAUUUCGAUCCCAACAAUGAGCUCAACCGUAGGAUCAUUGAAAAUUCGUUCUGGUUUGUUUUUUCUGUCUUCUUUCAGGAUCACUCAGAGGUCUGCGAGAGGUUUAUAAGCGUCCUUGCAAAAGAUGUUGCAAGAUUUUCGUUAACUCUUGGACGCCAAAACCGAGAUGUUUUCUUUGAGGUUUAUCAUUUAGCUGUAUCAUACUGUAUUUUAAAAGCAUUUCGAAAACAUUUUUCAGGAAGCAAGAAAGAGUUUACAACAAACUUCAAAACUAGAGUUUAUGAGCUGAUUUGUGAAGUGUUCUUAGGAAUUCGGUACAAAAGAGAUUUUUUACAUAUUCAGAGAAUGAAAUAUUUUCCUAAAAAGAGUGAAGAUACGUUUCUAGAGAAGCUUAUCAGAAAACAACAGACAAAAAAGAACAAAAUGGAUUCCUCUUCAGGAUCCAAAGCAAAAAAGAAAGAAGAUUUUACAAGCAUGUCGAGAGCGACUUCUCUACGACCAGACUCUCCUCCAGAAGGCGAUUUCUAUUCAUCUUCUGAAGAAGAAGAUGAAAUUCCAGAUGAAAUGGAGGAAAUUGAAAAUGCAUCCACUCGUCAAGAAUCGGUGUCAGACCCAAUACAAAAGUUAGGGCUCGAUGAAAAUUACCACUGCCUCCCCAAAGAAGUUCUUGAACAAGAAAAUGAGGAAAUUGAAAAUAUGAAAAAAAAGAUGAAAAUGUCAAACAAAGCGACAAUUAAUCCAGAGACUGGAAAAAAACAAAAACAAUUAAGUCCACGCAUGAGGAAUCUAGAUUACGUUAAGCAUCUAUCGCAUUCAGAUAUUAUGAAAGAAAAAUAUUGGGGUACUUUUUCCAUGUCACCUUUAAUGAUGAGGGCUUUAGGAAAGCCUCCACCAGAGUUUUCGUUGAAUUAUACCUCCCCAGAAAUGGGAAAGAACAAGGUUAGGCUAAUUAACAAGGAUGGAUUUUCAAAACCUGUAUUUUUCGGCUCUCUCUCUGACCCUCAAAAGCUUUUGAACAAUGUCAAGAAGUUUCAGAAAGUGUGGCAUCCAGAUAGUUUGGAAGAAGUGGGCAAAGUCAAAGAGAGACUUAAAACAAAUAAGGAGCUCAAAGAAAGAAACACGAAGGAGGCCCAGAGAGAUAUUAGAUGGAUUAAAGGCAGUACAAAGGAAGAGUUAAAACAAAUUGAAAAAGAAAAGUCAGAUGUCCUCAAAAACAAGGAAACCAUUUCCACGGUAUGCUCUCAAAUACUUAAGAAGCGUUCCGAAGGUACCACGUCAAGAGUAGAGAAGAGAUACCAAGGGGUUGAGUCCCACAACUUUAAGGGAACAGCAUUUGCUUCUGUCAUCUAUGAAAAUUACACAGAUCUUAAUAAGAAAUUAACAAGACUUGAUAAGUUGUUAUCAGCGACAGGGGACAGGUGCUUUAUUACAAAGGAACAACAUCUCAAAGAAGAGGCAGAACUUCAUUAUGACUUGGAUACAAAAGAUCCACCCAAGGCUCACAAUGUCUCUCUGUUUGAUUAUCUACAAUGA